AUGGCUAUGUGUAAGCGCGUUGUUCAAAUGGGGACAGAUUCGGCAGUUUAUUUCACCAAGUUACGAUCGAUCAAUUCAUUUUCUAAUUCUGUUUCUAACAGAGUCGAGUACAGACAUUUAUCACAACUCGUUAAACGUAAUGGAAAUCGUGCUUUCCUCGUAGAUACAUUGGCUUUGGUGAGGGGUAUGGAAGCUCAAGGUGUGCCAUCGAAGCAGGCAGAGGCCAUAACCGCCGCUAUCACUGAAGUGUUAAAUGAUAGCCUGGAGAAUGUGGCGCAUUCUUUUAGUGUGAUGGAACAAGCAGCAAAGUUGGCAGAGUUCCAGUCUUAUAUGAAAAGUUCACAGGUUGUUUGGCUACUCAUGCUUAGAAUUGAUUUCCAUGGUACAACCCUGAAAUGUUGCUUUCUUGAAACAGGUAUGAAAUUGGACAAGGUCAACGGCGGGCAGCGAUUGGAUUUAAAUCUGAAAGAGAAAUUGGCUUUUGAGCUUCUUUCAAGUGUGGAUGAUUUUGUUCGCAUGAUUGGGUGCAUGGGUGCAGGCGCAAUACGUGCAUUGAACAGUAAUCAGAAUGCGGAAAACCACCACCUUACAAACACCAACCUUACAAACAAGCUCGACCGGGAAAUUCAUGCAUUAAGAGCCCAGUUGGAAGCGGCAAAGUAUGAUGUGAUUAAAUACUGCAUUGGUACCCUUGUCUCAAUAUCUGCAGUCGGGCUUGCUGUUCUCCGCAUCUUGCUGUAAUUUUUUGUUACUUUGGUAACUAAUAGCUAAAUUUCUGUAGGACUGUCAAUUUCAUUCUUUUUGGGCAACUAUUUCCUGAUAAAAUCAAACAAUAUAAUGUCAUUAUUUGUUAGUAGUUUUUUUGUAAAAAGUGGCAAUACACACAUAGUUAACAGUUCAGUAUAAUUUGGCUUUGUGCCAUCAUGCAACGGCAAAAGUAAUGAUUCUUGUGCUUUAGGAAUA